UCCUAUCAUCUUCACAUCAAAACAAGAUCCAAAAAUUUAUGAAAGUCAGGAGGGAGCAGAGCAUGGCUGUCCCCAUGUCUAUCCUCAAGACAGCUUCUCAGUUGCUCUUUUCUUUUUACAGAGCAGCAAGAAAGAUAAGGAACUUCUUCUUUCACCAUAGAAAUCCAUCAAGAUUGAACCAGCAUCAACUCCCCUCAAUCUCUUCAUGUCGGCUCGAAGGAAGAAAAAACUUUUCCUUGCUUUUCAACUUCCAUAACUCUUUACUUAGGACAAAGUCCCUCUUCUCCUUCUUCAUGUUGGUAGCCUUUGAAGGUGGUGGGCUGUUCAAAGCCAUUCUUCUUCUGCUCGCUUACCCUAUUAUUCUCCUUCUUGGACCGAACAGCGAGUCUGCUUUAAGGGUUAUGGUCUUCGUCACCUUUUGUGGGUUGAAGUGCAGUGAUAUGAAUAUUGUGGCGAGGGCAGUGUUACCGAAGAUUUAUACGGAGGAGAUAGAUCGCCGGACUUAUGAAGUGGCGGUGGCUGCGGGGAAGAGGGGCGUUCUUACUAGUUUGCCCAAGGUGAUGGUGGAGAGGUUUGUCGAGGAGUGCUUUGGUGAGACUCAGGUUUUUGGUCCUGAGCUUGAAGUCGUGGGAGGGAAGUACUUCACCGGAAGGUUCGCCGCCGGCGGUACGGUGGCUGAGAGGAUGUGGGCGGUCAAGGAUCGGUUUGGAGAAGAGAAGGCUGAUGUGGGGCUCUUGAGACUCUCCGAUCUUAAUGAUCAGUUGCUAAUCCCUUGCUCUAAGGAAGUAUACGUGGUAACAAAAGAAGAGCCCAACUCAAUCAACUCAACCAGGACCUCCGCCACCGCUGCCGCCGCCACCGCCGACCCUUCGAUCACCAAUCUUCCUAGAGAAAAAUACCCAAAAUUCCCAAUCUUCCACGACGGACGGCUCGCCUUUCUCCCCACCCCCUCCACUUCCCUCUGCCUCGUCCUCUACCUCCCGUUCGCCUUUCUCCUCUCCCUCCUCCGAAUCCUCACCGGCCUCCUCCUCCCUUACUCCCUCAGCCCCCUUCUCGGCGCAGCCCUCGGAGUCCAUUUCCGCAUGAUCCAACACCGCCCCCUUUCCUCCUCCUCCCCCUCUCCCUCCGGCGUCCUCUACGUCUGCACCCAUCGCACUCUCCUCGACCCCAUCUUCCUAUCCCACGCGCUCUUCCGCCCCAUUCCCGUCGUCACCUACAGCCUCAGCCGCUUCUCCGAAUCCAUCUCUCCCAUCCCCACCGUCAGACUUACCCGUAACCGCCUCCGCGACUCCCACACCAUGCGCCGCCUCCUAGCCGCCGGCGACCUCGCCGUCUGCCCCGAAGGCACCACCUGCCGCGAACCCUACCUCCUCCGCUUCAGUCCUCUGUUCGCUGAGCUGGCCGAUGACAUCGAACCAGUCGCCAUCGAAGCCGGCUGUUCCAUGUUUUACGGAACCACCGCUACUGGCAUGAAGUCACUGGAUCCGAUAUUUUUCUUUCUGAAUCCGAGGCCAAGUUAUCGAAUCAGUUUUCUCGGUCGUGUUCCGAAGGAGAUGACGCUCGCCGGAGGGUGGUCGGCGGCGGAUGUUGCGAAUCGCAUUCAGAGGGAGCUCGCGGAGGAGUUGGGGUUUCAGUGCACGGCUUUGACUAGGAGAGAUAAGUACUUGUUGCUCGCCGGAAGCGACGGAGCGGUGCCGGAUUCGUCGCCGGAGAAAAGCUAGCUGUUUGUAAACAUGAUUAAGCAGUGUGUUAAGCGGAGUGCUGCAGUGGAUUAUUAAAAUGCUGACUUAAUAAUUAGUGACUAUUUAUGUCAAGUGACUCAAGUUGUUCUUAAUAGGUGUAAAAGUCCAGUUGCGUUGACUGUUAUUUGUAAAAUUAUUAUCAGAAAGAAGAGUUUUUUUGGGUAAUAUAUUUUUUUCCCAAAAAUUAAGCAA